AAAUAUGCAUUCAUAACUUGGCUGAUGUUAAAGAACAGACUUGCAACAGGUGAGAGAAUGAAGAUAUGGAAUCAGAAUGUUGAUACAAGUUGUGUUUUCUGCAGUCACCCUAUGGAGACCAGAGAACAUUUAUUUUUUCAAUGUGUCUACUCAAAGAAAGUUUGGGCUGAGCUAGUGAAAGGAAUACUUGAUGUACACUUCUCGACGAAUUGGGCUGAUGUGAUGACGUUGUUAGCAAGUGCAGACCUCGACAAGGUUAAGAGAUUUCUUCUUGGCUAUACCUUCCAGAACACGAUACACACUAUCUGGGGGGAGAGGAAUAGCAGACGACACGGUGAACAACCUUCUCCAACGGGUAGGCUGGAAAAACAGAUUGACAAAAAUGUGCGUAAUCGGCUCUCCACAAUCGCAAGAGGAGGAGACAUGGAUGGCAGUUUACAACGAUGGUUUGCAACAAGGCAAGAAUGAAGUUAGACUCUUUUUAGAAGUUUAAAAAAGUUUGCAUUCAAAUGUAUAAACGUUUAUUUUUCUUUGAAUAUAAUUUAACAUUAGAU